CAGGGUCACUGUCACAUGCAUGUUUACCCCAAAGGCCAAAACAGAAAAAAAAGGCCACGAAGGUGUCAGAUGCUUCCGCCAUGCCAUGUACCAUCAAAUAUCUCAGUCAUUCCUGCCAAGGCCACGUCUCCCCCUCCACCUCUCUUGGGGGCGGUGCCGUUCACGGGUUCAUCUGUUCCCGGCAAAUCUCGCUGGUUCGUCCCGUCAGAUUUGCCUGUACAAGUGUCAACACCCGUCCAUUUAAAUCUCACUACUUGUUCCACUGACACUGACAGACUGUAAGAGCCCAAAGAUUGGGGAUAUACGAUGGAUUAGCAGAAGAAAGCUGCAGUGUUACGGAAGCAUAUGGCUGCUGCCACAAAUAGCCACGAAACCCUCAAGAAAAUAUGGCACCUCUGCCACAAAAUGGACAAUUGAUGUCAACUGCAUUUUAUCCUUAUGUCGGCUGUUCUCAUAAGCUGGCCCUUUAAAUGUCUAGGACCAUCUGCGAAUUACAUAAGCUCUGGGAAUUUUUUUAAAUAAUAAAAUUAAAAUGGGAAAAAACUCAACUUGUCUUGGAUCUAUUUGCUUCACAUGCAUCGAUACUGUUCAUGGUAGUCUCAUCCUUCCAUCAUCAUUGACCCGAUUAAACAAAUCAAAUGACAGGUUGACGUGUUGUCCCGUAUGGGCAUCGAUUCCGGUUGGCAGUGGAAGAACUUGACAUUACAGAGAGACAGAGAGAGGGAGAGGGAGAAGAUGAGUGGUUUUUAAGUAUAUAAGGAGGUAGAAAUUUGCAAGAUUAACUUUAGAAAUCACACCCAGAAAUGGAAAAGCAUGUGGGUAUCAUCGGCGCCGGCAUCAGCGGCCUCCUCGCCUGCAAGUACACCUUGUCCAAGGGUCAUCGGCCCAUCGUCUUCGAGUCACAGAGCAUACUUGGAGGAGUAUGGGCCAAAACAAUCGAAACCACCAAGCUCCAGACCCCCAAAGGACUCUAUCAGUUCUCAGAUUUUCCGUGGCCGCCUUCUGUGACGGAAGACUUCCCCGACCAUCAUCAAGUUUUUGACUACAUUCAGUCCUAUGCUCGUCACUUCGACUUGCUCAGGCACAUCAAGUUCAAUUCCAAGGUCGUCAGCAUCUGCUAUGAAGGAUUUUCCGACGAAGAGAUGCAGUCAUGGACUCUCUGGGGCGGCGCUGGCGAGCCCUUUGGGUCUGGAGGCAAGUGGAAGCUUACGGUGGAGGAUUCCCAGAGCUUCUCAACUGAAGUAUUCCGAGUGGACUUUGUCAUCCUUUGCGUUGGACGGUUCAGUGGUGUUCCAAACAUCCCAGGGUUUCCUCCAAAUAAGGGCCCAGAAGUGUUUGAUGGACAGGUUAUACACUCCAUGGACUACGCUUCCAUGGAUUAUGCAAGUGCUGCCAAAUUUGUUGAGGGAAAGCAUGUCACCGUCGUUGGGACACAGAAAUCUGCACUGGACAUUGCAAUGGAGUGCUCAACAGUAAAUGGGGAGGAGCGACCGUGUACAAUGCUGUACAAAACUAGACAUUGGAAUAUUCCAGAUUAUCUUCCAUGGGGUGUGCCACUAGCAUAUCUAUACCUAAAUCGCUUUUCAGAGCUUUUGAUUCAUAAGCCCAAUGAAGGGUUUAUAUUCUCUCUCCUGGCAACAGUGCUUUCUCCUGUGAAAUGGGCGUUUUCAAAAUUUGUUGAAAGCUACAUAAAAUGGAAGUAUCCCCUUGUGAAAUUCGGAAUGGUUCCAAAACAUAGUUUUUCGAGAGACAUUAGCACUUGUUUGAUCGCAAUUGUGCCAGAGGAUUUCUAUAACAGAGUUGAAAAGGGAAGCAUCAUUUUAAAGAAAUGCCAGAGACUAAACUUCUGCAAAGAAGGCAUUUUGAUUGAUGAUACAGAUGCACCUUUAAAGACAGAUCUGGUUAUACUGGCCACCGGAUUCAAGGGAGAUAAAAAGCUCAAGGACAUUUUUGAAUCUCCAACCUUCAAGGACUACAUAACUGGGUCCCCUACUUCGACAGUUCCUCUAUACAGGGAAUGCAUUCAUCCUCGAAUUCCACAACUAGUGGUCAUUGGAUAUUCGGAGAGCCUAGCAAACUUGUACACUUCAGAAAUGAGGUGUCGAUGGCUAGCUGAGCUUCUAGACUGCACAUUCAAGCUACCUGGCAUUAAAGAGAUGGAGGAAGACGUAGAAAAAUGGGAUGAAUGCAUAAAAGGAUACUCUGGCGAGCAUUAUCGGAGGUCGUGCAUUGCUUCCCUUCAUAUAUGGUACAAUGAUCAAUUGUGCAGGGACAUGGGAUGGAAACUUAAGAGAAAGAAGGGAUUCUUUGCUGAAUUAUUUGAGCCAUAUGGGCCAUUGGAUUAUUGUCAGUCCUAAAGUAAUUGUUGUAUCCUGCCAUACGUUGUUUUGAGAUGUUUCAUCACCGCAGUUGAUUUUCAAUAUUAUUAUGACAUUAUUUUUUGCAA